AAGUAUAAAAUCAUAUUUGUUUUUAUAAAUGCCUAUUUGUGACUUUGGUAUUCAAAUUAUGAUCAUAAUAUAAAGACCCCUUUUUAAAAAUAAAGUUAUUUAAAUGUAAAAAAACCAAACCAAAUGCAUUGCCGUUGAGUCGAUUCUGACUCAUAGUGACCCUAUAGGACAGAGUAGGACUGCCACAUAGUUUCCAAGGAGCACCUGGUGGAUUCGAACUGCCAACCUUUUGGUUAGCAGCCGUAGCAUUUAACCACUAUGCCACCAGGGUUUCCAUUUAAAUGUAAAAAGUGAGUUAAUUAAAAAAAAAACUAUUAAGAGGACAAACAAUAGAAGGGGUAGAAUAAGGGUGUGUAAACAUUGUGGAAGUGUUCCCCAGGUGAGUGAAAUUUGAAAAGCAGUCUCUAGAUUGUAAGCUUCUCAAGGUCAAGAGCUUGUCAUGUCUUUCUGUGACCAUGAGCAGUGGGUGUACUGCUUAUACGUAAGUAUUUUAACAUAUGCAUAUAAAUGAAAACAAGACACGGGCAGGUGAGAUUUGAACAGCAGCAUGAGGUUGUCUGUGUAAUAGACAUGAAAAUGUGUGCGGUAGAGAAGUGCUGUGGGCUGUCAGGGGGUGAUGGCAUGUGCACCAGUAGGGUUGGCUGAAGCUUUAUGGCAAAAACUGGGUAAAUCUGGGCAACAGAAUAGCCAGCGUUCAGACGCUGGAACCAGAGUGGCAUGUUCUGAGGUCAGCGGGCUCCCUAGCCUGUCGUGGAAUGUGAUGAGAUCGAGUUUACAGUUUCCACCGUAAUCAAAGCUUUAUUUCAGGGGAAAAGGGAGAAACUGACUGAGGUUCUGUUGCAGCGGCAACAACAAUGGUAAUAAUAACGGGACUUAGCGGGUCAAGCACGUUUCAGGCAUUUACGUAUAUCAACUCAUUUAAUGCUCACGACAAUCCCAGGACAUCGAUCCUGUUAUUAUUCCCGUUUCUGCAGGAAAAAAAGAAUUGAGAGAAUGAAGGGCUGAGUCACUUGUCCAAGGUGACCCCGCUGAGGAAGUUGGCCCUAGAAUCUCUGCUCAGAGCCAUCGAGCUGUGUUCCUUCCACACAGAAAGGCAGUACGCUCUCCCCACCCCACUGCACACGUUUCCCUGGCAAUGGAUUUUGUUCUAAGAAACCGUGCAGACUGGCACUUUAGGAGCAUGUCUCAGAUCCCUGCUUUUGAACUUGAAAGUACUUGCUGAAUUCUCUUGGCCUGAGGGUUACAUGCUCACUGAAUAUAACAACCGCCUCUUUCACUUUUUUUUUCUUUCACUUAGGAAGCGUCAGAUCCCCAUAGUGAUUGAGUUCCAGGCUUAGAACACAAAGGAAGACCACGUCAGUUUACCUGCAGGGGUGGAUGGAGGGAGUUGGAGAAGCAAAGGGAAUCCUCACAUUAGUCAGACAGUCUCCCUGGGCUCCAAGGCUUCUGGGAUGGCAAACAGACCUUGUAGAGAACCAGACCGAUAGGCAGCAUCAUCAGAGAAAUAACCAAUCACUCUGUACCUCUCAGAAUGUGGUUGGGUGGGGUAGUUCCCGUCCCAGCAGAGCUCCUGUCACUGGACAGAGUUCCACAAGGCACCCUGAGGUGCUGCUUCCUCCCUGUCCAAGUCUCGGGCCUCGGACAUAGCCCUGGUUCACGUGGUUAGGCUGAGAUGGCAGAAUUGGGUUCACCCCAUGCCAAUGACAAGAGCUAUAGGGGUUUAAGCAAAAACCUGCCUGGGGUCACUUACAAGAGGCCAGUGUGUCUAGACAGCCUUAAGGUGUUCUGUCCUGAAGCCAUGACAGAGCAGAGCUACUAAGUAGGAUUUGUAGUCCCGUCUCAGCUUUUUAACUGACCCGCACAGCCUGAAUCAGUUUGCGAGACAAGUUGGCCAAGAAACCCUUGGACCAGGCACUGGGGGAAUAACGGGAGCAAGACAGAGUGAACCCUGUGUUCUUGACGUUUAAACUCGUGUGAUGACAGACAUUAGGCUGUUAAUUUGCAGAAAAACGAAUGUGCGCAGCACGUCAAAAGAGAACCGUAGGGUGCAUUGGGGGGAUUUAACAGGUUUUAUUUCUCUGACUAGAAAAUAAGAUUUACUACACUUACUACAGGCUCCCUGGUGGCAAAGUGGUUAAGAGAGAGUCUGCUAACCAUAAGUUCGGUGGCUCAAAUCCACCAGCUGCUCCUUGGGAACCCUAUGGGGCGGUUCUACCCUGUCAUCUAGGGUGGUUAUGAGUUGGAAUUGACUCAGUGGCAUACAACAUACUUACUGCAUACUCACAGUUUUUAAAAAUGUCACAGUACUCAAAAUCAAGAAGAAUAGGGAAGUAUAAAAACCAACUUAGAAAAAAAUCUUAACUCCGUAAGCCAGAUCAGAAGACAGUGCUCUUUGCGGCACCCCAUACAGCUAUGAAAUAGGAUCACUGAAUUCUCACGGUGUGUACACAUGCGUGUGCCACUGCCAAGAGCAGAGAGGCUACUCUGAACGAAAGCUGGUGUUACUGGUGCACUUCCCCGGAACUGUUUUGCUGUUAUUGAAUCAAAUUACUGUAUACACGUGGAGUCAUUCGUCACCUAACAUACACGGGGUCACAAUCCACAGCGCACAUCCACACAGGUGUACGUUGUGUAGACUACUGUCACCGUCAUUACGAGUCAGAAAGGACCUUCAAGUCGAUAGCUCUGGCUUUAUUAUCAAAUGUUUGCAGCACACAGAGCACUUUCUCAGAUGGCAUAAUUUAUGUAUGUUCUGUAUAUUUCUGAUUUUCAUUUAAACCCAGAAGUGGCUCACUUAAAUAUAUCCAGAGAUUUGAAAAUUAGAGAUUCCAGUCAGUGCAUUGGAGCUUGCCUGUCUGGGUGGUUUCUGCCGUGGAUUGGCUGGCAGGCAGCUGCUGGCAUUACACAAUUGGCUUGGAUGUGAAAUUACCCAGCAGGAGCAGACCUCUUCAUUUCUACACUGUGACUCAGGCUCCUGCCGCUAAGCGAAGCAGAGGGACGGAGGUCAUCGUUAUACAACUGAAGUGUUAUCUUUAUCACAGAUGUUGCCACUGCAAAGAACUCUAUCUUAUAUCUCAUUUCCAACAGAUGCUUGUGAGCCUUCGGAAGCCUCGGGCAUUUUCUCCCAAAGUUGUUGUAGCCAUGCCAGCGAGAGCAAUUUUUUAACAUGGAAGGACACGGGGACCUCAGCUACUAGGACUAAUGUGAUUUUACAAGAUGCUGGAAUCGGAUUUAUCCUUGUCAUAGACCGAAGGCAAGACAAAUGGACCUCCGUGAAGGCAUCCGUCCUGCGAAUAGCAGCGUCUUUCCCAGCAAACCUACAGCUCGUCCUUGUUCUGCGCCCAACAGGAUUUUUCCAAAGGACUCUCUCCGACAUCGCUUUCAGAUUCAGUAGAGAUGACUUUAAAAUGAAGGUACCGAUCAUAAUGCUGAGCUCAGUACCAGAAUUACAUGGUUACAUUGAUAAAUCACAGCUGACUGAGGACCUUGGUGGAACCCUGGAUUAUUGCCACACCAGGUGGCUGUGUCACCGAACAGCUAUUGAAAGUUUCGCCCUCAUGGUUAAGCAGACAGCUCAGAUGCUUCAGUCCUUUGGGACCGAAUUGGCUGAAACGGAAUUACCCAACGACGCCCAGUCCACGAGCUUGGUCCUGUCUGCACACACGGAGAAGAAGGACAAAAUGAAGGAAGAUAUGAAGUUAGCGCUGCAAGAGGGACACAGCAUCCUCGAAAGCAUCAGGGAGCCCCUGGCCAGGAACCCGGAGUACAGCCUGAACCAGGACCAGCUGGACAAUCAAACCACCGUGCAGAGGCUCCUGGCCCAGCUGAGUGAAACCGAGGCUGCCUUUGAUGAGUUUUGGGCAAAGCAUCAACAAAAACUUGAACAGUGUCUGCAGCUCCGGCAUUUUGAGCAGAAUUUUCGAGAGGUCAAAGUCGCCUUAGAUGGUGUGUCUCAGAAGAUAUCGACAUUCACAGAUGUCGGCAACAGCCUCGCGCACGUGAAGCACCUCUUGAAGGACCUUGCUAACUUUGAGGAAAAAUCCAAUGUGUCCGUGGAAAAGGCCCGAGCCCUAUCCCUGGAGGGCAGCCAGCUCAUUGAGAACAAGCAUUAUGCUGUGGACUCUAUCCACCCCAAGUGCAACGAGCUCCAGCACCUCUGCGACCGCUUUGCUGCUGAAAUCGGGAAGAGGAGAAAUCUGCUCAACAAGUCCCUGGAACUGCACGGCGUUUUAGAGACGUCCAUGAAAUGGUGUGACGAGGGAAUUUACCUGCUGGCUUCCCAGCCUGUGGACAAAUGCCAGUCCCAGGAUGGCGCUGAGGCGGCCCUGCAGGAGAUUGAGAAGUUUUUGGAGACCAGUGCAGAAAAUAAAAUCCAGGAACUAAAUAAAAUUUAUAAGGAAUAUGAAUCUAUCCUCAACCAAGACCUAAUGGAACAUGUGCAAAAGGUCUUCCAGAAACAAGAGAGCACGGAAGAGAUGUUUCACAGGAGGCAGGUGAGCCUGAAGAAGCUGGCAGCCAAGCAGACGCGGCCAGUGCAGCCCGUGGCCCCGAGACCAGAGGUGUUUACAAAGUCUCCCUGCCCCUCCCCAGGCAUCCGGAGAGGCUCUGAGAACUCUUCCAGUUCUGAAGGCAAUGUGCUGCGAAGAGGGAGCUACAGGAGAGCCAAGAGUGAAAUGAGUGAGAACCAGCAGGUCAGGAGCGGCUCCACGGGGGAUGAAGAAGAAAGCCUGGCCAUUCUACGAAGGCACGUGAUGAACGAGCUCCUGGAAACGGAGCGGGCGUAUGUGGAGGAGCUUCUGUGUGUCCUUGAGGGUUACGCUGCUGAGAUGGAUAACCCCUUAAUGAUGCAUCUCAUUUCAACAAGCCUUCAAAAUAAGAAAGAUGUCUUAUUUGGAAAUAUGGAAGAAAUCUAUCACUUUCAUAACAGAAUAUUCCUGAGAGAACUGGAAAAUUAUAUAGACUGCCCAGAACUGGUUGGAAGGUGUUUCCUAGGAAGGAUGGAGGAGUUUCAGGUUUAUGAGAAGUAUUGUCAAAACAAACCCCGGUCAGAGAGCCUCUGGAGACAGUGCUCUGACUGUCCCUUUUUUCAGGAAUGCCAGAAGAAAUUGGACCACAAGCUGAGCUUGGAUUCUUACUUGCUGAAGCCUGUUCAAAGAAUAACCAAGUAUCAGUUAUUGCUCAAGGAAAUGUUGAAAUACAGCAAGAACUGUGAAGGGGCUGAGGACCUGCAGGAGGCACUGAGCUCCAUCCUGGGGAUCCUCAAGGCCGUCAAUGACUCCAUGCAUCUGAUUGCCAUUACUGGCUAUGAUGGAAAUCUUAGUGACCUGGGGAAGCUGCUGAUGCAGGGCUCCUUCAGUGUCUGGACUGAUCACAAGAAGGGCCACUCCAAGGUGAAGGACCUCGCCAGGUUUAAGCCAAUGCAGCGGCACCUGUUCCUGCACGAGAAGGCUGUGCUCUUCUGCAAGAAGAGGGAAGAGAACGGGGAGGGGUAUGAGAAAGCCCCUUCCUACAGCUACAAGCAGUCCUUAAGUAUGGCCGCUGUUGGCAUAACGGAGAAUGUGAAAGGAGACAAUAAGAAAUUUGAAAUCUGGUAUAACGCAAGAGAAGAAGUUUACAUCAUACAGGCACCAACUCCUGAGAUUAAAGCGGCGUGGGUCAAUGAAAUCCGAAAAGUGCUGACCAGCCAGCUGCAGGCCUUUAGAGAAGCCAGUCAGCACAGAGCGUUGGAGCAGUCCCAGAGUUUGCCUCUGCCUGUAUCGUCUCACACAAGCCCCUCCAGAGGGAACACAAAAGCUGUCAGAAAGUUGGAAGAAAGAAAAACUGACCCUCUAAGCCUGGAAGGGUAUGGAAGCUCAGCAUCGUUGCCAAAGCCCCCAGAGAAGGGCAAAGGUUGGAGCAAAACGUCCCAUUCGUUGGAGGCCUCUGAAGACAACGAUGGCUGGUCAAGUGCGGAGGAGCUGAUUAAUUCAUCUGACGCAGAGGAAGAAGGCGGAGCAGGGCCCAGGAAGCUGGUUCCAGGUAAAUACACAGUGGUGGUUGAUCAGGAGAAAGGAGGCCCAGAUGCCCUUUCGGCAAAGAGCGGGGACACGGUGGAGGUGAUCCACGAGGGCGACGAGGGACUUUGGUAUGUCAGGAACCUGAGCACCGGUCAGGAGGGAUGGGUGCCGGCCGGCAGCCUGUCGACACUCAUCGGCAAAUCCAAAUCAGCUCAGUGCUUAAGCAGCUCAGAGUCGGGCACUGGCUCCGCCUUGCUGAGCAACUCCUCCAGCUGUAGUGAAAGCUGCAACACCACCUUCUCGGACCUCAAGGGUUAGCCGCUGAGGCCUGGCUUCGCUUCCUGUGCUAAGGACUCUCGAGCAAACUCUUGAAGCCGAAGAGCCAUAGGCCAGCAUGCGAAUCUCUAAGUUUUCUUUUGCGUGGGCUUGCUUAGUUUGGCGAGGGAAUGGUGCUUUCACAAAAUAUCCUGAGAAAAGAGGGUCCUGGAAGAUCUGAAUGAAGACUGCCUGGCUGCCCAGGGACCCUCGAGAUGCAGGAAGGCAGGCAAUCAUUCAGAAGUGAAAGGUUCUACUCUCCAGCCUGGAUGCAGGACGCCCCCCAGCACUCAGCAGCACCUUCCACAGGGAGACUGCACCCACAGAACACCAAAGCUUCCUUGGAACAGCCGGGAAUGGACAGCAGAGAAGGUUGCAGGUCAACGGAACUCUUGUUCAGAAGGCGUAGAAGGCUGAGAACAGAAACCAUUCCUUUCUGGACCCUUCCAGGCAGAUGCAGUAGGUGGUGUCUCUUUCUAAGAGGCUGGGAGUGAGGCUUUGCUCCAACCCUUCGGCUUUUGUUUUCUGAUAUCUCUGGUAUGGUGCUUUCUGCAGGAAUGCGCAUAAGCUGUUCCCAAAAGUAGUGAGAGACUCACUGACUGACGCCUGAGGGGAGAAGGGUGGGGACGGGGGGGGGGCGGGGGUACUCUUUUGUCUUUUACAAGUCUUUUUUUUAAACAGGGAUGGAUCCCAUGGCCAUUUUUUGUGAAACUUUGGCCUCUAAUCUUUACCAAGAAUCACUGUGUUUACAUAAAAUGACAGUUUGAUACUGUAUUUGAUAUAAAACUAUUUUUUUUGUUACUGGGGUUUACAUUGAAACACGUUGUUUAUACCACUGGGAUGAUUUGGGGGACUCUCUCAUGGAAAUUGAUGACGUCCUUCCUGAGGCUCUUUAGAACCUGGUCACAGGUGAAUGAAAACCCACCCUUGAAGAAAUCAGGCAGCGUUUCUACGCCCACAAGCAAUUAGAAACCAAGGACUUUCCUUUACAUGCGUAGGGUUAGUUUUCAAAAGAAAAUUUAAACUAUAAUUUAAAAUGUUACUCUUCUACAAAAAAAAAAAUGAGGGGACUCAAUUUUUUUAAAGAGCUUCACUGAAUUAGGAUAUUUUUAUUGUUUUUAAAGAAAAUAUAAAGAUGCAAUUUUUGCAGGUUAUCGUCUGAACCAAUGCUGUCGACUACCGCUUCAUUAAUUCCUGCCACUUCUUCAUAUUCCUCCUUAUAAGAUGCAGGCAGCACCUCGCCACCCCCCCCCCAUCGCGACCUUUCUCCUGCGUAGAGAAUGAAAUCUUCUCGCCCGUGAACUGUAUUGUAAUCACCUUGAAUCCAUAAAUCUAAAUGUGGAGAGUUUAUUUUAUUCAAAUCGAGGCAAAACUGGAAAGAAAACUCUUCCAUUUUACCCUUUUUUUUGUGUGUGCGUUUCAGAAACAUUCUGUUCUUUGGAAGCUUUCUGUAUCUGGUUGGGGCAGAUAUUUUUAUAUGUAUGUAUAUAUGUGUCUAUGUGUGUGUACAUAUAUAUCUUGAUGUAAAGGAUGUAUUUAUAGUCUUCAUGCUGCUGAAAAUGUGUCACUUUACAGUUCCCUCCAUAAGUUUUCAUGCCACUCUACUCUGGAGCCGACCGAGGUCGUCCUCGCCUGUGGUGUUUCCAAGAUAAACCGACCCGAGACGUGCACUCACGGCCCCGUCCCCGCCCCCCGUGGUAUGCAAGGCCCUUGUACCCAGACCUCUGUAGAGGAUGGUAAUAAAAUAGGAAAUGUACAAAGACUUGGUAGCUUUUCUUCUGGUGUAUAAGUUAUUUGAAACACGACAUGUAACAAUUAACAUAUUCAGACAGAGUUCCUUUCAACAUCCCAUUAUUUGUUGUGAUCUCUUCCUCAUAAAGGCACUUUUAAGAACUCACGUUUCAUUCACUGUUACUUUUUUUUUUCCCGCUGAUGUAAAUAAAAUUUAAAAAUCAGAGUUCUUUAUUGUAUGGAUGAAAUUUGAAUAAAUGUCAGCAUCUCUUGCUGUCGGCCUUCAUCUGUAAAGGCACAGAAUUGACUACGAGCCUUGUGUUCACAGCAUUGGGAUGUUAUAUUAUGAUUGUAUAUUCAUAAUAGCGCAAGCACAUAUUAAAAUAGGGAUGAGACGUUCUAGGCAAGUAAAAUUAUCUCAGGAAUGCAAGGAUGGUUCAGUACAAAAAAAUGUAUUGCUGUAACUCUGUGGGGCAGUUGUACUCUGUCCUAUAGGGUUGUUAUGAGUCGGAAUUGACUUGAUGGCACUGGGGUUCUGGUAUAAUAUUGCUAGGAUGAUGCAGAAGCAUCAAAUGGUCCACCUGCUUUACUUGGUUAGGCAAUGGUGAGAUUAAAAUUGUAACAAGCUUAUGUAUGUCAAAAAUGUAAAUGUAACCAUUACAGUAGUGCGAUCAAUAACUGGUCAACCAGAAAGGUAGAGAAGGUUAGGUUUGGACUGGGAGUGAGCUUUGAGCUUUAGCCUAGACUGAGCAGGUGUUUCAAAUUUGAAGUUGCCAGAAGAGUUAAGAGAUCUCAUUGAGAUACUGUCAAGGGGCCAGAAGGGGGAUUCAGCUGAACUCACUGAAGGCAGUGACAAGAGAAAAGCAAAACCAUUUCCCGUUUGUACACCAUCUAGAACUCUGCUCAGUGAACCUGUUAGACGACUAAACAGUAUGAUUCCAGGCAGAACUCAAUGCAUGAAGCCAAUAAAUAGGGUGUUGUGGGUGGGGGUGCAGUCAAGUGAUCAGGAGGCUGGCUGCCUUGGAAAGAUGGGGCUUGAGCUGAAACUUGGGUGACAUGAAGGAGUCAGCUAUGGGAGGAGCUGGGGAUGUGUUCCAGGAGGGGCCUGACUCCCACAGGAAUCAGCAAGUGCAAAGCCCCGAGGCAGGAAGAAGCCCAGUGUGGCUGGAGGGUAGUUAGGGGGAAAUGAGUGGUAAGAGACGAGGUUGGGGCCAUGAGCAUGAUCAGGAGCCUGGAUUUAACUUUAGUAGAACGUGAAGCCAUUGGCGGGGCUCAAGCAGGGGAAUUUCAGAGUCAGGCUUAUGUUCCUAAAAGACCAUUGUAGAUCGACACAACGACACAGACGAAUCUCACAUAUGCUGAGUGAAAGAAACCCAGCCCGAAAGGCUACGUAACUAUGUGAUUCCACUUAUUUUAUAUUCUGGAAAAGCUAAAACUGUAGGGGCAGAAAACAGGUUAUUGGUGGCCAGAGACUCAGGGUAAAGGAAAGGUAUUGACUGCAAAAGGGCAGCCCGAGGAAAUUUCUAGGGGUGAUGGACUCAGGAGGAAGAACUAACUGUACUUACUGAUCUAUUUUAUGUGGGGAGGCAGAAAGGGAGAACAAAAGGAUGAUUCUUUUAGGAACCUCCACAAUAUCAUUUAAUCUGAUUUUCAAGAUCUUCACAAAACCCAGCAGCCCCGACAAUCACCUUCAUUAUGAAGAGAGCGGGCCCUGUGGAGCCAUUGCGCGUAAAGCAUCAAGUCAUGGUCACCAGCCCCUGGUUCCUUUUCCUCCUGAACUCCCAGCUGUGCCACAUUUCCCAGGCUCCUUUGCAGCUAGGUAGGCCACAGGACUGAGCCCUGGACAAUGGAAUGUGGGCAGAAGGUAUGCACACUGCUUUCAAGCCUUGUUGUUAGGUGCCAUCGAAUCAGUUCCAACUCAAAGCAACCCUACGUAAAACAGAACCAAACACUGCCCUGUCCUGUGCCAUUCUUACAAUCAUUGUUACGCUUGAGCCCAUUUUUGCAGCCACUGUGUCAAUCCAUCUCCUUGAGGAUCUUCCUCUUUUUUGCUGACUCUCUAUUUUACCAAGCACGAUGUCCUUCUCCAGGGCCUGAUCUCUCCUGGUAACAUGUCCAAAGUAUAUGAAACAUAGUAUUGCCAUCCUUGCUUCUAAGGAGCAUUCUGAUUGUACUUCUUCCAAGACAGAUUUGUUUGUUCUUUUGGCAAUCCAUGGUAUAGUCAAUAUUUUCUUUGCCAACACCACAAUUCAAAGGCGUCAGUUCUUCGGUCUUCCUUAUUCAUCAUCCAGCUUUAGCAUGCAUACGAAGCAAUUGAAGACACCAUGGCUUGGGCCAGGGGCACCUUCAUCUUCUAGGCCCUAAAAAAACUUGAACAAAUAUCCAUGCUCGGAAAAACACUAAAUACACAGUAGAUAAGUGGUAACUUUGGUGAAGGGUAAGACAGUACACAGUACUAGGGAAGCCAGCACAACUUGUACAGGGCAAGGUCAUGGUAGCUCCAUGGACAUCCAAACUUCCUGAGGGACCUAAUUGCUGAGCUGACGGCUGUGGGGACCAUGGUCUCAGGGAACGUUUGGCAUAACAUAGUUUAUAAAGAAAAUGUUCUACAUUCUACAUUAGUGAGUAGCAUCUGGCGUCUUAAAAGCCUGUGAGCAGCCAUCUAGGAUACUCCACUGGUCUCACCGCUUCGGGAGCAAGGAAGAAUGAAGAAAACUAAAGAUACAAGGGAAAGAUUAGUCAAAAGGACUAAUGGACCACAUCUACCACAGCCUCCACCAGACUGAGUCCAGAACAACGAGAUGGUGCUCGGCUACCACCACUGACUAUUCUGACAGGGAUCGCAAUGGGGGCCCUGGACGGAGCUGGAGAAAAAUGUAGAACAAAAUUCUAACUCGAAAAGAAAGACCAGACUCGCUGGCCUGACAGAGACUGGAAUAACCCUGAGAGUAUGGCCCUCAGAUAACACUUUCAGUGCAGUAAUGAGGUCACUCCUGAGGUUCGACCUGCAGCCAGAAAUUGAAUAGGCGUAUGAAACAAAACAGGACUAAAAGGGCACACCAGCCCAGGGGCGGGCACUGGAAGGCAGGAGGGGACAGGAAAGCUGGUAAUAGGGAACCCAGGUUGAGAAGGGAGAGUGUUGACGUGUCAUGGGCGUUAUUAACCGAGGUCAUAAAACAAUAUGUGUACUAACUGUUUAAUGAGAAACAUGUUUGUUCUGUAAACCUGCAUCUAAAUUACAAUAAAAAUUUUAAAAAAGUCCAUACUCUCUCUUGCCCCCCUCUGCCUGCCAAAUUCAAGGUUCCAGUGCAGGGUCCUGGGGACAGGCAGAGCCACUGUUUGGGCCUCCACCCUUCCUUCCUGUGAACCCUCACUGGGCUGCGACCUGAGACAGAAAUAAACCCCCCAAAUGUUGAGUCACUGCUAUUUGUUACCGAAGUUGUUGUUAGCAGUUGUCAAGUCAGUCCCCAGCUCAUGGCAACCCAGGCACAAUGGAACAUAAACACUGCUCCACCCCCGUGACCAGAUGUGGAUGGACUGUUGUGAUCCACAGGGUUCUCACUGACUGAUUUUCAGAAGUAGAUCUCCAGGCCUUUCUUCCUAGCCCGUCUUAGUCUGGAAGCUCUGCUGAAACCUGUUCAGCAUCAUGGCCACAUACAAUCCUAACUAAGACACC